AUGAAUGUUAUCGAAUGGGCAUUCGGAAAGCGCAUGACACCAGCAGAGCGCCUUCGCAAACAUCAAAGGGCUCUUGACCGGACACAGCGCGAAUUGGAUCGGGAGAGAACCAAGCUGGAAAAUCAGGAAAAGAAGCUGGUGCAAGACAUCAAGAAGAGCGCCAAGAAUGGUCAGAUUGGAGCCUGCAAGAUCCAGGCCAAAGACCUGGUCAGGACGAGACGGUACAUCCAGAAAUUCUAUCAAAUGCGAACGCAACUUCAAGCGAUUUCCCUUCGCAUUCAGACCGUUCGCAGCAACGAGCAGAUGAUGCAAUCGAUGAAAGGUGCCACAAUGCUAUUGGGUAGUAUGAACCGACAAAUGAACCUUCCCGCGCUGCAACGAAUCGCUAUGGAAUUUGAACGAGAAAAUGAUAUUAUGGAUCAGCGACAAGAAAUGAUGGAUGACGCGAUUGACGAAGCAACUGGAAUGGAGGGCGAGGACGAAGAUAGCGAAGAUAUUGUCAAGGAAGUCUUGGAUGAAAUAGGUGUAGAUCUCAGCCAGGCGCUGGGUGAGACACCAACCGACAUACAGAAGACUGCAGUCGGUGAGACUCGAGUUGCCCAACCAGUUGGUGCUGGGGGAAGCUCAGCCGAUGACGAUCUACAAGCCAGGCUGGACAGCCUUCGACGGUGA